UUCCUUGCAUUUCCUCUCCCUCUCUCUCUCCUUUUGAAGAGCGCUCACUCUCUCUCUAUAAAUACGUCACUUUCUCUUCUUUAUCUCUCUGCUCUCUAUUUUUUUCCCUCUCAGUUCUAGCUUUUCUUUUUCUCUUUUGAACUGAGAAACAAGCAGGGAGGAGUAGGGAAGGGCAGGGAGAGUCCUUUUUUCUUUCUCUCUAGUUGUUUCUCUAUUGCAUACACAACCUAUAUACUAGUUAGAUACAACAACAGAUACAAUGUCGGCUUACAGAGAGCAAGAUCCUCGUAUCAAUGGCAUCCAAACUAAGAUUGGAGUCGUGCCCGAUUUCCCCAGAGAAGGUAUCAUGUUUCAGGAUAUCACAACUCUAUUACUGGAUCCUAAAGCAUUCAAGGACACGAUCGAUUUGUUCGUUGAGCGAUACAAAGGGGAAAACAUUUCAGUUGUUGCAGGUGGUGGGGUCCAUUGCUUACAGAGCAAAAUCCACCAGUGUGUGUGCAUAGAAGCCCGAGGAUUCAUUUUUGGACCUCCUAUUGCUUUGGCAAUUGGAGCAAAGUUUGUUCCAAUGAGAAAACCAAAGAAAUUGCCAGGUGAAGUUAUUAAAGAAGAUUACGAUCUGGAAUACGGAAGUGACUGCCUUGAGAUGCAUGUUGGAGCAGUCCAUUCAGGUGAACGUGCUUUGGUGGUUGAUGAUUUGAUUGCCACUGGUGGCACUCUGCGUGCUGCUAUAAAUUUACUGGAACGUGUUGGAGCAGAAGUUGUUGAAUGUGCUUGUGUAAUCGAAUUACCAGAUUUAAAGGGUCGAGAGAAAUUGAAUGGGAAGCCCUUGUAUGUACUUGUGGAAUCCCAUUAGCGAGCAAAUAUGAUUCUCCAACAAUGGUUUCAGCACGAGGAAACGUACAUUGGAGGGAUAUUGGUGGUCACUCAUCUGGAAACUCUUUUCAUUUAGCCCCACCAUUUCCAUGAUUAAUGAAUUAUCGAAGAACAAUGAUGGUUGAAACCCUUAUUUUACCUUGUAGCUUAGAAACAUUGAGUUUAUGUGAAUGGCUGGAUUUGAAAAACAAAAAAAAAAAAAAAAAAAAAAAAGAAGAAAGGCUUGUAGGAAUCUCUCAUUUUUUCCCCCUUUCUGGAAAAUGAAUUUAUGUUGCGAGUUUA